ACAUUCUGUGCAAUUGAAUUGAGGUCUUUCGAUGUCGUCUCCAGCCGUCGUAUGCCCGACGUGCCAAUUCAGAGCCUUGAUUGCCACUCUCAAGCCGUCGGUGCAGCAAUGGCAGACGCAGCGAACCAUGGCUUCGGCCAUGCGACAGCGCAGGAAACCUUCAAGAAUGACCCUAUCUCCAGAUGUGAGCAGAUCAGGCUCAGAAAGGAGAGCAGCGAAACGAGAUGAUGCUGGGCCGUUUGCUGGGAUGAACCAGACUCUGGCAAGACUACCAGAAAGAAGAGUGCCACGACAAUUACCCUCCCGAACAAGAAUGUCCCUUCGAUCGGAAAUCAAGAAGCGGGCCGAACGAGUCAAACCUUCUGCAACCAACGACGGUGAUGGGGAAACGGCCACGACAACUUCGGCCGCAGCCAAGAAGAGCAAGACUGACAAGGACGAGAGACCUACCUUCCACGCUCUGAAGAUGCAGCAGAUCCUGGCUCCCCUGUCCUACAGCCAACGAGACAAGCUGAAAUUGAAGCUGGAACAAAUCAAGUCCUUUGAAGAGUUGGGAUUGAUGCCCCCUGUGGUCGACGCCGUGUACACACAGGUUUUGCCACAUUUGACCGAGUACAUGCCUACACCGGUUCAGAAAUUGGCCAUCCCUGCGCUCCUGAGCAAGAAAGGCGAAUACCAGAAACAGAAACAAGCAGACGACGCUCCAAAGUACGACCCGUUCCUUAUCGCCGCCGAAACCGGAUCGGGAAAGACCAUGGCCUACCUGCUCCCACUCAUUCAUCAUGUCAAGGAGCAAGAAGAACUCGACCGAAUUGAGCAAGCAGAAAAGGAGGCCCGAGAAGCCAAGGAAAAGGAAGACCGGGAAAAGCGACUCGUCUUUGAAGCAGACCCAUCCGAGACAGAAGAGCAUACAAACCCUUCAACGGGCCGGCCACGAGCGCUCAUUCUUCUUCCCUCGUCUGAAUUGAUCACUCAAGUCACCAAAGUGGUCAAAUCCCUCGGGCACGCGGUCAAGUACAAAUCAGCAGGCAUAUCCUCGUCCAACAGCCCGACAGUGAUCCGAAACCGACUCUUCAGCCCGGGCGGCAUCGACAUUGUUGUCUCUUCACCGCACUUGAUCGCCAGCAUCGCAAAAAAAGAACCCAGCAUUCUCUCCCGGAUCCAGUACCUCGUCAUGGACGAAGCCGACUCGCUCUUCGACCGCUCUUUCAGCGAGACAACCUGCGACAUCAUCGACCGCGCCACUCCUUCUCUCAAACAACUCAUUCUCUGCUCCGCGACCAUCCCCAACUCUCUCGACCGCUUCAUCGACCGCCGCUUCCCACAAUGCAAACGAAUCGUCACACCCAAACUGCACACCAUCCCGCGUCGCGUCCAGCUCGGCGCCAUCGACAUCGACAAAGCACCAUACAACGGCUCUCGCGAUCUCGCCUGCGCCGACGUGAUCUGGACCCUGGGCAAAGCCGUCCACGAAGACCUCAACCCUCGACACACAGUCAAGCACAUUCUUGUCUUCGUCAACGAGCGCGAGAAAGCCGAAGAACUGGCCCGCUUCCUCGCCAGCAAGGGCAUUGACGCCGCGGCACUGACCCGCGACACCACCGAACAGCGACAGGCGGAGAUUCUGUCCACGUUCACGUCCACGACUCCGAUCGAAGGGUCAGAGAAGCCGCCUUCUGCAUCGUCCAAGAAGACUCAGCACAAACUGUUCAACGAUUUUGUGCCGUUUGACAGCUCGCAAGUCGGACUCGCCGGUGGUGACGAGGGCCGACGACCCACCAAGCACCUGCCCGAUACAAAGGUCCUCGUGACCACGGAUCUAGGAUCUCGCGGCGUCGAUACCAUGGCCGUGCGCCAUGUUAUCCUCUACGAUGUCCCCCACACGACGAUUGAUUUCGUCCAUCGACUGGGUCGGAUGGGCCGCAUGAACCGUCGUGGUCGGGGCAUCGUCUUGAUGGGCCGCCAUGACAGGAAAGACAUCAUUCGCGAGGUCCGAGAGGCCAUGCACAAGGGCCAGGCGUUGAUCUAGAUCGAUGACUUCUCGAGAUCCCUCCGAGGGAAGCAUCAAUGAGCAGCCGGGUCAAGAAAGACAAAGAGACAUGGCAGAGUUUUUGACUUUCUGGUAAGCAAGUAGUCACAGGGAUAAGGGUCCUGGUCCUGGUCCUGGUUCUCCUGGAAGACUUCAUCGCAUGGUUUCCGACUUUGACGAACCUCAAGUCGUGUGUAUAUAUAUCAUGAUAUGUAGAUACUUUACCUCAUGCUAGAACUGGAUUAGACUGUACAAUAAUCAAUAUACUUGUAUCAAAAU